GAAAUGUGUUAAAAAAGCUUGUUGUGUUAUUAGCACUAGUAAGAGGAAAUUUGGAAGAGUAAGAGGAAAGCAAAAGGAGAGAUAGGAACGUAAACAAACUCCUCCCUCUGAGUCUCUGACUUUCCUCGGCGCCCAAAAGAUGAGAAACCGAAGCGUUUAUGCAUGGGCAGUGGCACUCGUUUGCUUCCUUGUGCUCAUGAUCGUUACCCCAGCCAUUCCCCAGUCACAGGAGUAUCAUAAUUUCGCCGACCACCGCACCUUCUUCGGCAUUCCUAAUGCACUAAACGUGAUCUCCAAUUUCCCUUUUCUGGUUAUUGGCCUCAUUGGACUUGUACUAUGUCAUCAUGGAAAUUACUUUAGGCUCAGCUUGCAAGGUGAACUAUGGGGUUGGACUUGCUUCUAUGUUGGUGUGGCUGCAGUUGCAGUUGGAUCUUCAUACUAUCAUCUCAAGCCAGAUGAUGCUCGCCUUGUGUGGGAUAGGUUGCCUAUGACUGUUGCUUUUACAUCAAUCAUAGCAAUAUUCAUCAUUGAACGGAUUGAUGAGAGGAAGGGAAUGAUUUCAAUUAUACCUCUAAUUUUGGCGGGUAUAAUAAGCAUUGUGUAUUGGAGGUUCUUCGAUGACCUCCGUCCAUAUGCUCUGAUACAAUUUGUACCAUGCAUUGCCAUUCCUCUGAUGGCUAUUUUGUUGCCUCCGAUGUACACACAUUCGACAUAUUGGCUCUGGGCUGCAGGGUCUUAUCUUCUAGCUAAGGUUCUAGAGGCUACUGAUGAGGUGAUCUAUGAAUGGACGCAUCAUAUUGUCAGUGGUCACACACUUAAGCAUCUGUGUGCAGCAAUGGUUCCUGUCUUCUUAACAUUCAUGCUUGCUAAGAGGACUGUUGAACCUGAGAGGCAAAGUUUGCUUAAAACGUGGAGGGUUUCCUGGACGAAGUUCAGAGAGGGCAACUCAAAGGUUGAGAGCUACACUUACUCUUACUCAAAUGUGCAGACUGUGGAGCCCCAGUAACGUGCUACGUUCCUUAGAACAAAAAAUAAGGGCUUAUACUGGAUUACAGAAUAUUGUUAUACUUGAUCGUGGACUAGGAAAAACAAGCCAUACCAAGUUAACUUUCACACAAUAAUAUUAACCGUAAUUAAUUCUUAGUCUGUAUAGUUCAUGAUUUUUUAUCUCAUAGCUAGGAUCGUUUUACCUUUGAAUCACUGAAUGUGAGUGUUGUAUAUUUUUUGUUCAGUAUGGUAUUGAUUUGCACACCUCCUUCAAACUCUAGUAGUGCUUGUCACGAGAAAUCAUAUUGGUAUUAGGAUA